CUCCAGCGCCACCUGCGAGCUGAUCUCCUCGGGGGUCACCUGCGGAGGGAGGAAGGCGGCGUCACCCGGGAGGGAGGAGCCAGAGCGACCCAGGCCCCGCCGCGGCACUUCCCCCCUGGCCUGCCUACCUGCGCGGGGAGGUCGCAGAGCAACGGGUCCCUCACGAGGCGCGCCAGCCCGGCCUGCCACAGCUCCAGCACUUCUGCGUGCGCCGCCUCCGCGCCCUCCUCCUCCUGCUCCUCCUGCUCCGCGCCCCACUCGCCUGCCCUUCUCGCCGCCAUAGCCAUCCUCUCCGAGCAGCAGGGGCAGCGAGAGGGGGCGUAGCCUUGCCGAGGCGGAAGCGGAAGUGAAGCGGCGAGGGCGUCCGAGUCGCCGCCGGGAUGCUGCUCUUCUGCCCGGCCUGCGGGAACGUGCUGGUGGCCGAGGAGGGCGCGCGCUGCCACCGCUUCGCCUGCACCACGUGCCCCUACGUGCGCAACGUCACGCGCAAGGUGACGAGCCGGCGCUACCCGAAGCUGAAGGAGGUGGACGACGUGCUGGGCGGGGCCGCCGCCUGGGAGAACGUGGACUCCACCGCCGAGCCGUGCCCCAAGUGCGAGCACCCGCGUGCGUACUUCAUGCAGCUGCAGACGCGCUCGGCCGACGAGCCCAUGACCACCUUCUACAAGUGCUGCAGCGCCCAGUGCGGACACCGCUGGAGGGACUGAAUAAAGGCAGGAAUGCACCCCA